AUGAGAAUCAAGAGAGAAUGGAUAGACUCAUCUAGUGGCGAAAACCUAUUACCAAAUCUUGAGUAUUGGCUAAAGAUAAAUAAACCAACUUAUCUUAGUUACUUAAAACAUCGUAACAGAACAGAACAGGCGUUCAAUAAAGAUAAGGUGUACUCUCAAUACGUAAAAGAAUUAGAAGUACUUAAAGCAAGUUAUACAACUGGAUACUACUCGGGGAUUUUUAAAAGGGCCUUAGAAAACGCAAGGAUUCAAAAAACAUCCCCACAAGUUGCAAGAUUUUUUGAAUCAAAGGUUAUUAUUGAUGAUGAAGACGAACAAAGUAUCGUUGAGGAGAUUUCGAAUCUUUCUAUAUUAGAAACAGAAACCCCAGGUGAAUCUUCCGAACAGAAUCGUGAAAUAGAAGACGAUCAAAUGGUAGCAAAUUUAGCGGGCGGUGAUUGGAAUGAUAAGAUCGAUGACCUACAAUGUUCAGAUAAAACUGAUCAUUUAAUGGUUUCAACUAUACGAAUAUUACGCAGGACUUUACCAAUUUUUAUUAUGGCAUUUUCACUAGGACCAAAUAAUCCUCUUUUGAAUUUGGCUGCAUUAGAAAGACCACAUUUAAAUGCAUUUGUGCACCCAUGUCUGCAGGCUAGCUUAUGGUACAUCUCAUCUAUAAUUUACGAGUUUGGAGAGAUAACCACGAAAAACCAUAAACGAGAAUAUGCAGAUGGUGUAGGAUAUUUAAAUAAUGCAGACAAAUAUCAAUUGGUUUAUAUGGAAGGUUCAAGGCCAUAUGCCAGAGAUGAUAAAGAAAUAGCAGAUGCUUUGAAAAUCUCCAAAAACCUACAAAAAAUUUUUAUAAACGUAUUCAAAGAUAACGCAAAGUGUAGAAGGCGACUACCCAAAAAUCUUGCCAUUUUUGGUGGUCAAAGAGGAAAAUUCCGUCUUAAUGAAGUAGAUAACGCCAAUCUACCGCGCGACUUUACAGAGAUGAAGGAGUUCAUAUUUUUUUACGAAUGUAUUAUAAAGUGGGCCUUGCUAGUUCGGGAGAUCAAAGAAGCUUUUGAAGAAUCACAAACGAGACCGUCAAGGCUUUCUUACAUUAAUGCACUGAAAGUAGCGGACACUCUAUAA